AUGGCAAUCACUACCUCAGUUCUUUUGUUGUUCCUCUGGCUUCGAGCCUCUGUCGCUGCAACGACAGGCCUGUCCGACCCGACGGGAAUCGAGGUAGAUGUCGUUUUUCCACGCAACACAACGUACAACAAUAUGGUCACUCCACCCAUUGCGUUCGCCCUACAGAACGCCCCCUUCGCUGUCUUCUUAGAGUACAGAUUAGAUUGGGAACUGGAUAGCGACGACGCCCACUUCUUCUUGUCCGGCAGCUUCGACGAAGUCAACUACUUUAACAAGUUCAACUAUACGACCGGCACCACUGCACUUCUGGUAGAUUCGUCAUACUGGAACCAAAGGCUAGAUGCAGGCCAUUACACUCUAUCCUGGGAGUAUACUACAACCACUUGCGACGAUCGCGGCGACAGCACAAUCAUCCGGACUGGUGAUGUGGCAUCAGGGGACCUUCACUUCACUGUUGUUGAAGAUGGAAGUGGCUCAAAAGUAUCAUUUGAGGGAUGUCCCGAAUACCUGGGCAAUAUCACAGCCAAAGCAGGAUCGGAGACAUGUCCAUCUCUCAUCCACAGGGGAGGAGAGCCGCAUCCGUGUAAAGCGAAAUUGAACGAGAAGCAAAUAAAGUGUUUAGACACUUACUUUGAGGGUCAGACUGACAUGAAUGUUUGCGAGGCUGCAUUCGAUGAUAUUAAGCCAGGGUCCAAGGUGGAAUGGAAAUAUGCAAAUGAAACGCGAAAUGCGCACAUCCACGCUUCAGACCCCGCUGACAAUUCGUCUGGAAGCAGCAGCAAUACUACCACCCAAAAUUCCGGUGACGAUAGGGAAUCCACGAACGAAUCAGGGGACGCUUCACUCGGGAAUACCUUCCGUCCACACUUGGGUCUUGCGGUUCUAGCUACAUUAGUGGCUGGAAUGUUUUUUUCAUGA